AUGUUUGACAAUGGGGUUUUACCAUCGAGGUUUCGUGAUGGCAGGUUUCAAUCAUCAAGAGGUGAACCCAUUGGUUCAAGAAGGAGAGGGGGAAUAGAUGUGAUGAGAAGUAAGAUACUUACCGGCGAUGAAGGGUGGCGAGAAAUCUGGGCGGUCGACGGCGACCUUAGCGCGGCGACAUUAGGGCUUCUCGACAGGAAAGCUUUAAUGGUGAUGAACAAUUUCACACCAAUUCGCUUAGACACUAUAGCGCUACAUCAAAAUGUCGAGAAGUAUAGAGGUCCAUUGGAGGAAUAUGGGUCUACAAAACACAAAUUUGUAGGUCCGUUGGAGUUGCUCUUAUGCAGAAAAGGGAGUGCAAGAAGGGAAAAAAGAGGCAUAACUUAA